AUGCGCGUCUUAACCAUCACGCCGAGCGUGAACGCACGCGUAAACACGCGUCGUGACGGACAGAAACGUCGAACGUUCGCCGAUGCCAGAAAUAGUUCUCGAUGCACUCGGGCGCCGCUUCUUCGGCGCGCGCUCGAUCUCAGACGUGCUCGGUCGCUCGGAAAGACGCGGACGAUCGCGAUCGAUGAUGUGCCAGGACGAGAGCGCGGGGACGAGUCGCGAAAGAGCGCCGGGGACGUUGAGGCGAGAGCGAAGGCGUUGGCGGAGCUCGUGAAGAACAGCGACGUCGGGAACGCGAUGUCGGUGGAUGAUCGAGAAACGGUGAACAAAGAGAUCGAAGCGUUGGAAGCGACGCAGCUUAGUGAUCGAACGUGCGAAAAUGAGGGGAUUUUUGGCUUUUACGACGUCAGUUACGUCUCGGUGGGGAAGAAUCAGGUUGGGAAUCCGGCGGGCGGACGGUUCAGGUCGCCGCUCGGGAGAUUUUUGUUCAAGACGAUCGGGUUGGAGCAAAAUUUGUUCGCGCCGAAUAGAAUUGAGAAUCGCGUGGCGUUCACCGUACUUGGGUGUCUACCGGGUGAGGUGACGUUGGAGGGAACGUUUGGAGCAGUGGACGGGCUCAACGACGGUCGCACGGUCAAAGCGGAUUUCGAUCCUCCGGGUAUCUCCGUCGCUGGCGGUCCGAAAUUGCGAAUCGGACCGAAAUCGAGCGUGGUUCUAAGCACGACGUACUUGGACGAAAGCGUGCGCCUGGGGAAGGGGUCACGCGGGAGUCUGUUUGUGUUCACGAGAAAGUCCACCGAGCAGCACGCGCGGGAUCUUCGACGCUGGGGCGUCGGGGGCUUAGCGAUCGCGAUCAUGCUUCUCACCGCCCUCGGGCUCGGGAUUUUCGGCGUGCACCAGUUCAAGACGACGAAGAGCAUCUUGUAUCCCGCAACGGUCGUCGCGUCGUCUUUGAUCUCGUUGUUGAUGGCGUACGUCUUGCGCGACGGAGGCAUUGUCGCCGAAGACGCCGACCUGGCGCAAGUGGGGGAGCUCACACAGGAGCAAAAGGAUUUCCUCACCAAGGGGCGCAGUGAUGGGCAAGCGAAAGGGGAAAACGUGUUCAGUUCGCAAACGUAG